AUGUUUUAUGUUGGUUUCAGCGCAUCCAACAAAUAUUCCAGAAAACAAAGCCACCUUCUCAGGGCAAUCUUUCGUGUCGUAUGGCUCGACACAUUUUGGGUGAUCGCAGUCACCUUUUCUUAUUACGGUUGUCUCAUUGCAAGAAUUCCAGUGCUAGAGUCCCUCAUUGCCGCCACCAACCAGUCGGGACAAGGCACGCUGAUUCUUUUGUUCUUGGCCACCGCUACUGCUGAAUCAAUGAUUUCGUGCUAUAUGCUGUACCUUUCCAUGCGACUGGGACUUCGGAUUCGCAGCAUGUUGCAGGCAGCAAUAUUCAAAAAAAUCACCCGCCUGUCUCCGACCAGCAGGAGCGACAACCCUCCGGGCUACGUGGUUGCGGUGAUGGCCAUGGACUGCAUGCAGCUCUCCAUCAACCUGGUGCAGUUUACAGACCCCAUAGUUGGAAUGACGUGCAUGCCGAUAGUCUUCUACCUCUUGGCGACAAGGGUCGGAACAGUACCGGCUCUCUGCUGCGCGGCCUGGCUGCUGGCCGCCAUCCUCUUGCCCUUCCCGACCUCCAGACUGCAAAACGCUAUAUGGGGGCGCGUCAUGAGAUUUCGUGACGACCGCGUGAAGCGUCUCACGGACCUCCUCACUUCGGUGCGAUUGGUCAAGAUGUGCGCCUGGGAGGACGCGUACAUGCACGCCGUGAAGGAGCUCAGAGCCAAAGAGAUGGUUCCCUUGUUCCUGGCCAAUCUCCUCGACGGGUUCAUCGACUCGGUGUACAGCGCCUCAGGUUCGGUGAUGAUCAUCAUCCUCUUUGGUACACUUGCCGCCCUGGACCCGACUAGGACGCUGAGUGCGUCGAUUACUUUUUCGUCCGUCUACAUUCUCUCCAUUACCGAAAUUCCCACCAACUCGUUAUCUACGGUACUAAGGACCAGGAGCCUGAUUUCCCUAGGCAUGACAAGAAUCAUCAAAUUGUGCACAGAAGAGGAACAUGAGGAGGAACCCGAAAUAAAUAGAGACCCGAUUGUGCUCGCAGGCGAGAUCGUCAUGGAAAAGUGCACCUUCGCCUGGACCAAGAAAAAAGAAAACCUGGAGAGCCCAACACUGAACUCAGUGUCCCUGGAGAUUGCGCCGGGAUCCCUGGUGGGAGUGGCCGGUUUCGUAGGCAGCGGCAAGUCUUCGCUUCUGUCCGCCAUCUUGGGAGACAUGCAUUGCAUAAAGGGCACCAUCAGGACCUCCGGCCGCAUCAGCUACGUCCCGCAAAUGGCCUGCGUGUACAACAUGACAGUCCGGGACAACAUCCUGUUCGGUGAGAAGUUCGAUCCGGUGCGCUACGGCCGAGUCUUGCAGGCCUGUGAGCUGCUCACUGACAUCGAGAAGUUUCCUGCCGGGGACCUCACUGAAGUGGGAGAAAAGGGUACAACGGUGAGCGGUGGCCAGAAGCAGCGCAUUGCGCUCGCUCGCGCCGCGUACAGCCGUUCCGACAUCUGUCUGCUGGAUGACCCGCUGAAUGCUUUGGAUUCUAAGGUGGCCGACAGAGUCUUCAAACAGGUGGUGGGCAACAGCGGCCUUCUAAAAAAUCAGACAAGAAUUGUGGUAAGCAACCAAGGCCAUAUACUCAAGAACAUGGAACAGCUGCUGUUAAUGCAUGGCAAAACAGUGAUCGCGUACCGAACCUUCGACGAUCUGGUUGAGGACGACAGGGCUCCAGAAACACUUCGCUUGGCCACCGAUAUGCUGGAGUCGCAGAUGACUGUCGAUGGAAGCUUAAAUUUACCAAUGUUGGAGCAAGAUGAGUCAAGUGGAAAGGUUAUAAAAGACGAAGUGACGACAUCAUCUAUGACGACAACGGAAGUUGUAUGGUCAUUAUUCAAGCUUUCGGGUGUCUGUAUACCCAUUGCCAUUGCCUUCUUCGUCGCAAGCGCAAUCGCGUUUGCGUGGCAGCAACUCUGGAUAAAACAAUGGACGGAUGCCAACUCUUCCAACAAUACACUCGAUCCUCAUGAUCCAUCAUGGAUUAGGGGUCUGGUUACGCUAUGCUUCUGCGAUGUGCUGUUUCGCAGCUCUGGUGGUAUGCUGUUGGCUGUGAGCAGCCGUCAGUUGUCUCUGACAAUGCACCAAUCUAUGCUGAAGCAUGUAUUGCACAGUCCGGUGUCGUUUUUUGAUUCCACGCCACGCGGAAGACUGUUGAAUCGAUUCACGCUUGACCUUGUAUCGAUCGACACCCGACUAUACUUGGCCCAAAAACAAGGAAUACAGAACAUCAUGAUAGCCCUGGCCAGGUUGUCCAUCGCUAGCAGCCAAGAACCACCGGUGAUGGCUGUGGGAGUGAUUGCCGCCAUCUUGGUGGCUUUCGGAAUGAUUCCAAUGAUCUUGACGUCUCUCUGCGUAGUCAUCUUCAGUUUGUUCCAAAUAUUUGUGAACUUCGAGCGCUGCAUCGAAUACACAAAACUGCCGGAAGAGGAACAAGUCGUCAUGCCAAAAAAGAAAGGCGAUUCAAGUCAACAUAAGCAAAGCUUUUAUGCAUCAAUAGCUCUGUCCGCAAACGAGAGCUGGCCUACGGAAGGUCGAGUGGAAUUUCAGAACUACUCAACGUCCUAUAGACCGGGAGAUCUGUCAGAUGUGCUAAAAGGGGUCACAUUUUCUGUUGAGGCGCAUGAAAAGGUGGGCGUCGUGGGUCGAACCGGGGCUGGCAAAUCUUCGUUGGUCCUCGCCCUGCUUCGAGUGCUCAAGGCCACGCAAGGAUGUAUAAAGAUAGACGGCAUCGACAUCUCCCGAAUCCCCCUACGAAGGCUCAGGUCUGCUAUCACCGUCAUUCCGCAGGACCCCAUCCUGGUCCGGGGAAGCCUGAGGGACAACCUCGACCCGACGAGGUCACACACGGACGAAGAACUCUGGCGUGCCCUGGACCAGGCGCACUUGGGACACGUCGUUUCGAUGCAUCCUGAGCAGCUCCUUUUCGAGACGGGAGAGGGAGGAAGCAACCUGAGCGUGGGUCAGAGGCAGCUCGUGUGUCUCGCCCGUGCCCUGAUUCGAAUGCCGCAAGUUCUGAUCCUGGACGAAGCCACGUCGCAGAUGGAUGGCGACACCGACCGCCUGAUUCAGGCCACGCUUCGAGAAAACUUUAUGCACUGCACGGUGCUGGCCAUCGCACACCGAAUCCACACCGUGCUCGACUACGACAAAAUUCUGGUAAUGAGUGACGGCAGCGUCCUGGAGUACGGAUCAGUCACGCAACUUCUCUCCAACCCCGCGUCGAUGUUCAGCAGCUUGGCCCAAAGUGCAGGCGUUGUACCGAAUCACUCUGAAGCGAACAAACCUUGACACACCCUUCGUUUCUUGAAAAAAACUUGCGGUUUUAGAAAUUGUGGAGCUUUCAGGGCACU